AUGAAUUUCGUCACGGCUCCCAUCAUCGCGGAUCUCUUCCUCCUCGCCAUUGGUGCCAUUGGCGGGAAGGAGAUCCGCCAGGGUAUUCUGGGCGCCAACAACAUCUCACCUCUCGACAUUAUGCUCUUCUUCAUCACCUUGGCCUACAUUGCCAUCUCCAUAGACGCCUCGGGACUCAUUCGUUUUCUCGCCUUCAAGGUCCUCCAAUGGGGAGGCAACAACGGCCGCCGUCUCUACCUCUACCUCUACGUGUUUUUCUUUGGGCUCACGACGUUCAUUGGAAACGACCCUGUAAUACUGAGUGGCACCGCCUUUCUGGCGUACAUGACCCGCGUGUCCAAGGAUCUGUCCUCUCCUCGCGCUUGGAUCUUCUCCCAGUUCGCCGCUGCCAACAUUGGGUCUGCCAUUCUCGUUUCGAGUAACCCUACCAAUCUCGUCCUUGCUGGCGCUUUCGGCAUCAAAUUUAUUCACUACACGGCUAACAUGGCUGUGCCGACCGUCAUCACGGCCAUUGUCCUCUACCCCAUCCUGCUGUACUUGGUUUUCACGGAGCCCGGAUUGAUCCCUAGGCGCAUGGCCAUGUACCAGCUGCCAAGUCACUUGAGCAACGUGCCGCCUGCAAAUCCCAACAUCCCAGCCGCCAAGGAUCUAACCGUCACCGAGCUGAGCCACUGCACGCCGAGGGAGGCUGGACAGAUAGCGAGCGCCCAGGAAGGCGAGUCCUCGAGGGACUUGCUGGCCCUCGAGGAAGUCUUGAACCCAUUUCUAGACACCAAGUCGGCAAUCGUUGGAUCGGUCAUCAUGGCCACUACUUUGAUCACGUUGCUGGCACUGAACGCGGCGAGUACAGGCACCGGGGAACAUCCCGUAUUCUGGGUCACACUCCCAGCCGCAUUUCUCAUGUUUUGCUGGGAUGUCGGCUGUGGCUGGGAGAGCCGGCAUACGACCAGAGAGAUUGCCAAAUUCGGCGACAAGAAGCGCCUCCAAGCAUUGGCUGUACAACAGACGAAUCCCGCGCUAACCAUCACAACGCCUUCCGAGCCCGUAGGACGACAGGCAACGAUGAACCCUUCCGACGAGAAGGAGAGCCAGCCCGCGGUCGCUGAUGGGCAGCUUGUGACAAACCCAGAAAGUAUCAUUUCGACAAUCCACGAAGCAACCCAAUGCCCCGCCAGAGCGAAAGAACAGGGAGCAUGCGAUCCUGAAAGAGAAACUCCAGGCAAUGCGCCGCAUUUCAGUCAUGCCGAGCCGUCUCCCGCGUCGCGUGAUACUUUCGGAAGUGAAGAUUUCAAGGCUGACAACAUGGACACAGAGUGCCAUAAGCGACCUCAAACACUCGUCGGUUCUUGCAGAGAGUUAGUCGAUUGGCUUCGAGCCACAUUUCCUGCCACCAUGGCCGUCUUCUCGCAUCUUCCCUUGGCGCUCAUCCCUUUCGCCUUUGCCAUGUUUGUGCUCGUGCAAGCGCUGGUGUCGAAGCACUGGGUGGCCACGUUUGCGUACGGAUGGAAACACUGGGUCGACAAGACGGGCGUUGUAGGAGGUAUCGGCGGCAUGGGAUUUCUAUCUGUCGUUCUGUGUAAUUUUGCUGGCACCAACAUCGGCACUACGAUUCUCUUGUCGCGCGUCAUCCAGACAUGGGAGGAGAUACAUCGCGUCAGCGGCUCGCAGAUCGACAGCCGCACCUUUUGGGCCACGGUGUACAGCAUGGCCAUUGGAGUCAACUAUGGUGCCUUUAGCGCAGCGUUCAGCGCAUCGCUGGCCGGGCUGCUGUGGCGCGAUAUUCUGGCGAGGAAGGAGAUUGAGGUCUGUCCAUGA